AUGAGCAGCCAGGGAGUUCCCAUUGAUCCGCAGCGCGUUGAUGGGCCCCUCACACGCUCGGCAACUUUCCUCGUGUUAUCAGUUACCAGGAAGCCGGACGCCAUCCAAAGUGUACAGUCCACACUCGCCGGCCUGGACAGUCUCGCCAAGAAUGUUUCCAUUCGCGAUCUCGAUGCCAAAUUCACAUGCACGGUCGGAAUUGGCAGUGAGAUCUGGGACCAACUGACCGGUCGCCCUCGUCCAGCGGAGCUACAUCCCUUCCGCGAGUUCAAGGGCAAAACGCACACGGCAGUCUCGACACCCGGCGAUCUACUGUUCCACAUCCGCUCCGACCGGCGAGAUCUAUGUUUUGAAUUCGAGCGCCAGUUACUGGACCAGCUGGGCGCCGCGGUGACCGUCGUCGACGAGACCGUGGGCUUCCGGUAUUUCGAUGUUCGCGACCUCCUCGGCUUCGUCGACGGCACAGCCAACCCCGUCGGGCCCGCGGUGCCCUCUUCUGUUCUCGUGGCGGAGGAAGACACCUCCGCCCAGGGGGGAGCUACAUUGUUGUACAGAAGGUGGAAGAACCUCUCGUCAGAGCAGCAAGAGAAAAUCAUCGGCCGCACCAAGCUGGAGAACAUUGAGCUGGACGAUGCCGAGGAGGGACAGCAGCAGUCGCACAAGACGCUGAGCACGAUUGAAGAUGAGAAUGGCGGCGAGCACUCCAUCUUGCGCGAUAAUAUGCCUUUCGGAUCGCCGGGCGAGGGCGAGUUCGGUACCUAUUUCAUCGGGUAUACGCGGCGGCUAUGGGUGAUUGAGAAGAUGCUCGAGCGGAUGUUCGUGGGGAAUCCGCCCGGUUUGCAUGAUCGUAUCCUGGACUUCUCGAAGCCGUUGACGGGGACAACGUUCUUUGCACCGUCAGCUACUUUUCUGGCGAGUCUUGGGUCGGACUAG